CAUUCAAGAAACCAAACCACCCCUCGCCACCUUAUUUUUCUCUCUCAUCUCUCUCUCUUCCCUCCUCUGAAAAGGAGAAGGAAAAGAGACCCUCCAAUCAACCCAAACCUUCUGAUAUCUCUGCGUUUGGGCCACCCAAGAAAAGAUGGAGUUUAGGCUCUGGCUGGUCUGCCUCCUCCUGGCCAUGGCGGCCGUGGCCUCCGAGGGCUACCCCCUCCACCACACGAGCAUCGGCGACGGGUUCUACGCCCGUGAGCCGGAGCUGAUGGACUCCGAGAUCAACAGCCGCCUGCUGGCGGCGAACCGGCGGUUCAUCAGCUACAACGCGAUGAAGGGGAACUCGGUGCCGUGCAGCCGCCGCGGCCAGUCGUACUACAACUGCAGGAAGAUGAAGAAGGCCAACCCUUACAAGCGUGGGUGCAGCGCCAUCACCCGAUGCAAAAGGUUCACCGACUAAGAGAGAGAAACAUAUGAAGCAAAAAACAGAAGGACGUAUAUCGAGGGCUUUGAUAAAUUAAUAUCUGGUUAAAUAAAUUUUUACAAUUAUGUCGCAUUUUGCUGGGAUUUUUCUCUCCAUGUUCCUUCUGAGUUAUAAAAUUAAGGGUCUUCUCUCUCUGUUUUUAAUUUAAUUUUAAUUUUUUGGGGUCAUAAGAAAAACCCUAAUUUGUUAUCUUUGAGGUGGGGGGGUUGGCGGACAUGUUGUUUAUGCUCCUUUGGGCAUCUUGCCCGAUUGAUCUUAUGUUGUCUCAAUUAAUGCUGUGUACGUUACUUAUGUGGAGGGAAUAAUAUGGCCAGAAGCCUACAAAAA